CCUCUCCCCCCCCCCUCGCACCCUCGCCUUUGUCCUCCCGGCGCGGUGGCACCCUUCUCCGCGCAUUUCCCCCCUCUCCGCUCUCCGUCCGCCCUCCCCCCCCCUCUGCUCCUCCCCUCGACUGCGCCAUUGGGCUUGGCCACUUGCCUGCCCCUGCCCUCGCCCCCCUCUCCCCGCAGCAGAGGAUGCCCUCCCCGUCGAAGGCCCAGUCUCCGGCGAGCGCCACCGGCCCAGCGGCACCAGCCACAAAUGAACCCCCGGCCGCCGUGCUCUUCCGGCAAACGGGCAUCCUCACCGUCGGCACCAAGCUCCCGGUGCUGAAACGCUCGGCCAACCUCAAGCAACCGGGAAUCAUCCUGGGCAUGAGGCCGCCCAACAACAAGCAACCUCGAAUGUACUACGUCCACUUCGUGGACUUCAACAAGCGCCUUGACGAGUGGGUGCCGGAGGAUCUGUGCGACACCUCGGACCCGGGGCAAAUCGUCUGGCCCAAGGAGAAGACCGCCGACCCGGCGGCCACGGUGGCCUCGCGCAAGCGCAAAUUCGACAAAAUCACCCCCCAGCAGUCGGCCGGGCCGGACACGCCACAGGUCGAGGCGGGUGCCGGGCUGAAGAUUGUCAGCUCGCCGGACCUGCUGGGCCUGCCGGAUGCCAGCCACGAGGUCCUGUCGCCGUCGCUGGUGGAGGCGGCGGCCAGCAGCUCGCUGGCCGCCUCGGCCCCCGGGGAAACCGGCGCCAAUCUGACCCUGGAGCAGGAUCUUCGCCGACUGCGUGCCGGCGGGUCGCUGACCCAGCGCACGGACGAGGUCUCCCGCAUGAAGAACAUCGACGCCAUCCAGCUGGGCCGCCAUGUGGUGGAGACUUGGUACUUCUCGCCCUACCCCUUCCCGAUGGUGCAGCAGUCGUCCAUGAUAUACAUUUGCGAGUUCUGCCUCACGUACCGGGCCACGGAGGCGGAGUUCAUCCGGCACCGAGCCAAGUGCCAGGUCCGCGGCCCGCCCGGGGCCGAGAUCUGCCGCGACGGGCCGCUGUCCUUCCACGAGGUGGAUGGCCGCAAGCAGAAGACCUACUGUCGGAACUUGUGCCUGUUGAGCAAGCUCUUCCUCGAUCACAAGACCCUGCACCACGAUGUCGACCCCUUCCUUUUCUAUGUGAUGACCAUCACCGAUGAGAGUGGCUCACACCUGGUUGGGUACUUCUCCAAGGAGAAGGACUCGGCCCAGGAUUACAACCUGGCCUGUAUUUUGACCCUGCCGCAGUACCAGCGUCGGGGAUAUGGGAAACUGCUGAUUGCCUUCAGCUAUGAAUUGAGCAAGAAGGAGGGCAAGGUGGGAAGCCCCGAGAAGCCGCUCAGUGAUCUCGGUCUGUUGAGUUAUCGGCAAUAUUGGUUCGAAGUGAUCAUGGCCAUCCUCAUCGACCAUCAGGAUGAGAUCAGCAUUGAUGAACUGGCAUCACGAACGGCCAUCCGUCCGGAGGAUGUCCUGCACACCCUGGCGGCCAUGCGCCUCCUCCGGUACCAUCGCGGCACGCACAUCAUCUGCCUGACGCCGCGACACAAGGCCGACUUCGAUCGGGCCAUCGCCAAGCAAAAGCGCAUCAUCCAGGCGGACCUCCUGCGAUGGGUGCCGCCCGUCCUGUCCUCAGCGUCACGGUACCUGUGAGGGCCCCGAUCGAAUACAUCAUGCGUCGAUGGGG